UCAAAUUUCAGUGCCAUUGAUCUUAAACAAGUUCAGGCGAGGCAGUUGUCAUGCAAGCUCCAGUUGCUUGCAUCCUGAGUACUUACUUGCCAGAACCAGAAGAGUAAAGACAGAUCAAUGUACCAAACAUCAAACUAAACCAACUGAAUGAGAGAGAGGCAACGCCUAAGCAUCGAAUGCUGGUCAUGCGAGUGAAGUGAUAAACUGGAGGCGAUGCUAGAAGGAUGCAACAAUUUUCAAGUGUGAGAAGAGUCUUAUCAAGGACUACCUUGGAUGCAAUAUACUCCUAGAAACUGAGGGAUUAUCUUUUGUAAGUUGAUACAACCAAUGCUUGUAAGUUGUAACAAUCACUUGAGCUCCCCGAUGGCUGCAAAAAACAUGAGCCUAUGCUACAAACUCCAUCAUCAUUGAAUCAGUUGCAACCUGCACAAACUGAUUGCACUACUAGAAUCAGUAAGUAGUAAAAGUACAGCUGGAACUGCGACUCAGAAUGAGAAAAGCGGUCAGCAAGCUCAACAGAGUUCAAAUCAAAAGAUGUUGAAAGCAAAGUCUCAGGUUUUCUCUGAAGUUCAUGACGAUGUACUACAUGUCUUUUCUGCCGCAAUUUUCCUUUUUUACUCAAGUAUUAUUAUGGGCCGAGAAAUGGGCCCAAAUGGCAGCCUGAAUCAGGCUUGCCAAGACCUAACCCUACCAAGUCUCGCGGAUGCCGCCGUUCCUUCCUCCCUCGGUAAACAAAUACGAAUCUUUCCUGUUUUUUUUUUUGAUUUUGACGAUUUCAUCCUCCUUGUUGGUAAAAAAGAUCUUUCCUGUUUAGUUUUUGAUUCUGAUUAGCUCGAAUUUCGAUUGAUUUUGAAGUUACACUCCGACAAGAGUACAAUGGCCCUCUCACGGAGGUUUCUGAAUCUGAUCGUGGACAACCGCUUCCCUGGAUCCAAAUCGCUGCGCUGCAUCGACCUUACGCUCCAGAAUUUCUUCAACAUAUCAGAUUCCAAAGUUGUCGCGGCUGAUGCCUCCGCAGCCAUAAGCGGCAGCAUGGAUUGGAUCCAACUUCCAAGCCCAAUGUUCAACUUCCAAGCUUCAAGUGUGGCCCAUCACUGGGAAAUUAGCUGCUUCCCGCUAAGAGGUCGUGAGGUGCUCUGCAUCGACCAGGAUGAAUGUUGUUUGAUCUUCUUGUUACUAUGCCUGACCUCUAUCACCCCAAGGGAUGCCCCAUCUCCCUAUUCGUUCCCAGCACCAAUGUUGAUGAUGAUGAUGGUGAUGGCACCCUCUUCAUCAUGGAGAGGGUCGUUAAACCGGAGUCGCCGAGAAGUUCACCGUCGCACAGCGAUCAGUUCGAGGCUGUUUUCUACCGAACGCAGAGCUCUGUCCGCAGUGUUUCGUCCACCUGCAAACCUCUACCUCCACCGCCUUUCGUCAGAGACCCCAAAUUCUCCAACACACGCACCACGAUCAACUCGUACGCGGUGGUCAGUGGUGGAUCUGAGAUCUGCAUUUCGGUGGAGGGUGCUGGCACUUACUGCAUGGACACAGUGAAGCAUACUUGGAGGCAUGUAGGUCAGUGGACAUUGCCAUUCUAUGGCAAGGUUGAGUAUGUACCUGAGCUCAAGCUAUGGUUUGGCCUCUCUGACAAGACCAAUCACUUGGCUGCUACUGAUCUCUCCGCCAUGGAUGACUGCUUCCAGAGGCCAGAGCUAGUGAGAGCUUGGAUGGAACUCUCACCUUGUCAGCCUGGGCUCCGGCAGGUUCUGCAUCGCAAGGUUCUUCUACACUCAGGCAUUUUGCGGGCUACUAUCGUGAUCAAAUAAUUGAUGAUCCCUUUGUUGUCUUGACUGGUGUGGAUGUUGUGCCGGAUGAUGCUAGUGGUGAUGCAAAUGGCAGCAUGGGGGAAGUCCAGCUCCGGAUGAUCAAGUAUUGAGUCUAAACUUGCCAGCGGUGCGAUCGAGAGAGUGUUCUGAAUAAUUUGGAUCUUUCGUUCAACUCUAUCUGCUAGCAUUAUGUAAUUUUUGGUCUAGGGCUGUAAAAGAGAUUUGGUAUCUUUCGUAACUUUUGUGACAAUUACUAAAGUUAUUUAUCCAUGAGAUAUUGAUAUGAUGUUUAGUUUUGUUUGGUAAACAAUAAUCAAGUUAAUAACUUUUGUGACUGUUACAAAACUAACUGACAGAAAGCCUUUUAUUUUCCUAUUUAUUAUAUCUAGCCUAGAUUUCAUUGAGUUUUAUUUCAUAUUCAAAUUCUCCCAUUUAAAUUUCUUUGCAAUGUUAUAAACAGCUCAAUUUAUUCCUCUAAAAUCCUAUUAUAUUAGCACAGCUUUUUUUCCUAAUUAAUUCCUAUGACCUAUAUUUUUUUUAUCCUACCUACACAUAAAUUUCAAAGUUCCUACAUCUAUGACACCCCUUAACCUAAAUUCUUAAUCAACCCCUUCUAGAUCUCUUUAUUUAAAUUCGUUUGAAAUCCUAUUCUUACAAAUAUUCUGAAUUCAGACAUCUAUCUUGUUCAACAUCUUCCAUUUAACACCUUCCCAAUUUUAUAAACAUCUCGAUUUAUUUUCUUUUGGCUAACACUUGUUCUUUUAGCCAUAUCCCUUUUUCCAUAACUUAAAUUCCUUAAUUUCCGCCUCCAUAGACAUUCUGAAGUAUUUAUACCAAAGGCUCGACUCUAAAUUCAAAUAUUUAUUCUUCUAUCCAAAUACUCUUCCUUUACACCAAAAACCCAAAUAAAAUCCCUAUGAAUUUCUCCCUCCUCCACCUAGGCCGACCACCAGCCCAUCCUUCUUAUCCAGUCCUCAGUAGCCCAUCAGGCUCCAGGCCCAGAGUCGCGGCCCACUGAUCCGACCUCUUCUCCUCCUCACCCCCCUCCGCCGUCACGACUCACGAGCCCUCACGAGCAAAAAUCUUUCCUGCUUGAUUUUGAUUUUGGUGAGAGCUCGAAUUCAAUUUCCAAGUUGAUUCCGACAAUACCGAAUUUCAUCCUUCUUCUUGGUAGUAACAAGUACGAAUCUUUCCUGUUUAUUUUGAUUUUGAUGAGCUCGAAUUUUGAUUGAAUUUGAAGUUCACCCCAACAAUGGCCCUCUCCCGGAGGUUUCUGAACCUGAUCAUGGACAACCGCUUCCCUGUAUCCAAAUCUCUGCGCUGCAUCGACCUCACGCACCACUGCAAUCUCUUCAACGCCACACCACCGAAUUUCUUCAACGGAUCAAAAUCCACCAUAAUCAGAGUGGAGAACAGGAUUCAACUUCCAAGCCCCAUCUUCAACUUCGCAGCAGGUUUCGGCGAAGCUACACGUGCAGGUUUCGGCGAAGA